UGGGUUAAUACAAUAUCACUAAACAUUACUCUAUUUUGAGAAAGACACGAAACCUAACUUAUGAUACAACAAGAAAGUAUAGGAAGCAUCUUAUAAAUGUGUAUUAUUUCUGUACAGAAGCAAAAUUAACUGACCUUCCAUUUCUAUAUUGUAUCUGUGAGCUAAAUAUAGAACAUUAUCCCCAACUUUUCCUCGAACUGGUGUCCUAUUUCCAUCUCGAUCUACGUACACAAUAUUCACCACUUCAUCUUCAGUCUCUGGAUCCUUCCAUUCAUAUUCCCCAUGAGCUUACCUUGAGUACAAUGAAUACCUUUUACCAGCGGGACAUGCAUAAUUGAACUAAAACUUUUCCUCUUGACGCAUGUCAGAGCGACAGGUAACAAAAAUCUGGCUAACAUUUCCGUCGGACGUUAAAAAGGGGGGUAACAAACGUAAAGCUUCCACCUUACACUUUCUGAUAUUCAAUAAACUACACACACUAAUAUUACAUAUAUGUCUUUAUAUAAUUUUCAAAAAAAUGUCUUCGUCACAUCUGUCUACUCAAAUAUAUAAAUAAUCAUGGUAACUAGCAGCAUUGGCACAGUAUAAAAGAAAUGCGAAUUUAACCUCUCCCUCCAGCUUCAAGCUUGCGCCCACCGAAACACACAUGCAAACUUCACCAAAUCGCGUGAACACGUGAAACCAAGACCUGUCAAAGAACAUCUAUGAGUGAACAAGUAAACAAUGGCAAUCAUGCAAACACAUAGACGUGUGAAGAAAAUCGGUUGCAACGCAUGACAACUUGUUAUAUUUUUCUACUUGUGUUUGUGGAAGUAGUGAAUAAUUGUACCUUUCAAACUAAAUAAGUUCUUGUAUCAAUUUCUGUAUUGGACCACGUACAUUCACCAUGGGACAUCCUCCUUCCUCCCGAAUUUACUAAUGGAAUACGCUCUGAUCAGAUGUUUGCAAGCCGUCAUUCGUUAUCAUUGCAGGUCAGCAAGAUGGCACCUUGUCAUGACAGUUGUUGUCGAUUGAUUCUAUAUUCACGAACUGAUUAGUCUCAGAAUUUGUUUUAGCUCUAAGUAUUUUAUCUAACUUUAUCCAACAAUAUCCCCAACAAUGGCAGCCAUUCUAUCACAGUACAGCACAACUGGCUUCUACAAAGCCCCAGUGUCAAAAGGUUUAAUGGGCAGUAUGUUUUUAACUUAUACAGCUUUGAAUAUGCCUUUAUUGGCCCAUAUGCGCAAAUAUCUUAGUUGCAAAUUACCAGACAUUUUCUCAAAUGGCGAGGUAUGGAGAUUGCUUACAUCACGCAUAAUGUUCUUGGACACUAAAGAUUUAGUUUGUGGUGCAUUGUUGAUUUACUACUUCAGGGUUUUUGAAAGGAGAUAUGGUUCCCACAAAUUUGCUUCCUAUCUUCUGGCAACAUGUACUGUUGCAACAAUUUUAGAAACUGUUGCAAUAAUCUCUCUUCAGUAUGUAGAUAUUGAUGUACAUAAUGGUGGAUACUUACCUCCAGGACCGUACGGUCUUAUUUUCCCUCUUUUUGUCAGUUACUUUUUUGACAUACCAAGAGUUGCGCAGACACACUUUUUGGGAAUACCGGUCACAGGGAAGACACUUACAUAUCUUCUAGGUCUUCAGGUGUGUUCUACUUCAAUGGCAACUGCAAUAUCUGGUGUUUGUGGGAUUAUAGCAGGAUUAAUUUAUCGUCACAACAUAUUGCAUAUUCGACGUUGGCUUGUGGUCCCUAAAUGGCUUGCAAAUAUUAGCAGUAUAUCAAUUGGCUGGUUGUUGCGUUCAGGAGUACCUCAAGAAGGCGCCAUUGGUGCGACUUUAGAAAUUCAGCGAGCUCAGCAAUUAGAACUCCUAGAACAACAAAUGUUACUGAAUCGAGCCCGUGAAACACGUAGGCAGCAAGGACAGGGCUUUGCUGAAACUCUGGUUGGACCUGAUAACUACUGGCCCAAUGACAAUGGCAUGUUCUUUGGAGGCUUCUUAAGGAAUAGGAGGCAUAAUGUUGGAAUGCCUGAAGAAAAUGGUGUGCAACCAUCAGAAGAACAAGUGCAGACACUUAUGGAAAUGGGAUUUGAUCGUGCAAGAGUAUUAAGUGCCUUGCGAAAUUCAAAUAAUGAUAUUCACAGUGCAACAAAUUUAUUACUACAUGAAUCGUGAAUGUGCAUUUUUUUAUGGUGAAAAUAUUGUGCAGACUGAAAGAAAACUUUUUUUAUGCCCAUAAUAAAUGCACAUUGUUAAUCUCUGAACAGUAUUGUGAAUAUGAUCUAUAAUGGUGAUAAUGGUUUAUGUUCAAUUGAUGUCACUAUGUAGUUCUUGGAGAAACAUGCUCAUAGAAUCUAAAUACAAUUUCAGGUGAAGUGAGGAACAAUGCGAUUUCACAAAGAAUGGUUUAUCAAUGGAUUUGUAAAGGAAGGUGUAGAACAAUGAAUGUCAGUGUAUGUAAUUAAAUUUGAAAAGGGUGUGUACAGACUUUAAAUGAAUGACAAUUGAAGGUUAAAACAUUUUUGUUUGUCAUUUUUUAAAAUGUGAUUCUUAGUCAAGUAGACUGGAUUCUGCUUAUUUUAUGUUUGUUAAUUUGUUUUUGGAAUAUCGAUCCAAAACUUGAAUAGUUUAAAGGAUGUUGGUAAAACAAGAUUCCAUCAUUCAGUGUUAAAGUAGUAUUGUAUUUUUUGCUAGAUCUAGAAUAUUUAUUUCUGGGAACUCUGGCCACUAUAUGUUGAGUUAUUUGUUGCAAGUGAGUUAAGAGUUUCUCACAAUAAAUUUGUUGGAAAUAACAAUUUUAUACAUGUAUAAACUUGCUGUGCAACAUUUUCUUCUACAGACUGUGUUUCUGUGCUCUGUUAACCCUAAUGUCUAUAGAUGUAUGAUUGUAGCAAUUAGAACCAAAACUUUAACUGGAGGUGUCCCAAAAUUUUGCAUUUCCUCCCUCUGCAUUAUGAUGCUUGGAUUUGGUAAUAAUUGUGAAGAAUUGUGAAAUCAAAUGUUGAAAUAAACAGUGUUUUGGCAAUGGAAUACUUGUGAACAUUUCCAAUGUAAUCAAAAUAAUUACAAUAAUUUAAAGACUGUGAAUCAGUAGUUGUUCUUGUAUCUGUAGUAUUAUGAGCCCAUAGUCAUGAGGGAAUGGAAAUCUGGUUGACAAAAAAAAAAAUAGGUAUCACAUUGAUCUGAAACUGGAAACAGCAUGUUAUGUAAAAUAUGUGUUGAAAUAUGAACUUUCAGAGAAUAUGAACGAAAUUAUUUUGAAAGACACACGGUCUUGUAAUAAUCCUAAAGUUUGAUUUUCAUUCAAAGAUGCAGACGAAUUAAAUCCAAAAGCAAGGAUUUAUAUCUGUGUCCAGUAAAAUGUUUUACUCAUUUAAUACUUCACCAAUUACCUAUUACACAUACACACUGC